AAAGAAUAGACGUGACUUCUUGCAAUUUGGUUCACUUGCAAAAAACCAUGAAAAGCAUAACUGACUCAAAAGAUAAUGAAAAUAAAAAAGCUAUCAAAUUUCCAAUUAAUGUAAAAAAUGUUUUUCCUAAACAUCGGCAACAAGUUUUAAAUGAAAAUGGAUGGGGAUUUCGAGACUGCUAUUUUACUUUUGAAAAUGACUUUUUGGUUUUAAAAGGAGGAAGAUAUGAAAUGUGCAACAAGCCUUUAUUGAAUGCACGAGCUUCUCUAUUAGAGUUAUUGAAUGCAGACAUCACAAAUUAUAAGCCAACAAGAAAUCCUGUACAUAACGAGUCGGAUUAUCCUCCAAGAGUUGAAAAUAAAACUUUUUACAAAGAAUUGCAAAACUCGAAAAUUGAAUUUUCUUUAAAUUUUGAUGAUCGACUUCUUCGAUGUAGAGGACAAGCAAGUAAAGAUUUUUACAUUUUGAGGUAUGGAAAAUUUAAAAGAGUUCCCGAUAUUGUCGUUUUUCCAAAGUCUCAUGAAGAUGUUGUGAUGGUUGUUGAAUUGGCUAAAAAAUACUGUUCGGUUUUAGUUCCUUAUGGAGGCGGCACAAGUACCACGAUGAGUUUAAAUUAUCUAAAAGAUGAAUACGAGAGAUUUUUUAUUUCACUUGACACAACUCAAAUGAAUCGAAUUUUGUGGUUUGAUAAAAUCAGCAUGAUGGCAUGUUUGGAAGCUGGUAUUUCGGGCAAAGAUUUGGAAGAUAAUCUACAAAAUCAUGGACUUACACUUGGACAUGAUCCAGAUUCUAUUGAAUUAUCUACACUAGGUGGAUGGGUUGCAACAAAAUCAGCAGGAAUGAAGCAAUUAAAGUACGGCAACAUUGAAGACAUGGUAAAGAAGAUAACGCUUGUAACUAGCGUUGGAGUAUUAGAGAAGAACUUUUUAGUGCCUCGCGCUAGUAUCGGUCCAGACUUUGAUUGUAUUGCCUUAGGAUCCGAAGGAACACUCGGUGUUAUUACAAAAGUUGUUGUUAAAGUUCAUCCUAAGCCAACAUGCAAAAGAUAUGGCACUAUGGUGUUUCCAAAUUUUGAAAAAGGAGUGAAUUUCAUGCAUGAAGUAAGCAAGCUUACUACCAGGCCAACUUCAAUUAGAGUUAUUGAUAACGUUCAUUACCGGUUUGGAUUUGCAUUUCAACACAAUCGAAAUUUUUUUGGUAAGUUUGUUGAUAUGAUAAACAUUUUUGGUGGUCAAAUCCUUUAUAGAUUGGAUAUUAAAAAAAUAUCAAUGACAACUUACUUAAUCGAAGGGGAAAAGGAUGAAAUCAAUGAAAUUGAAUCACAAGUAAAACGCUGUGGAACAAUUCAUGGUGGAAUUGUUAUUGGUGCAAAAUAUGCCGAACGAGCUUAUCAAUUAACAAUGACAAAUUGUUAUUUGCGAGACUUAUUUUUCGAUUUAGGCUUUGUAUUUGACUCCAUUGAACCUUCGAUUGUCUGGAAAAAAUGUUGGUCUUUAAUAAAAGCGAUCGAAAAAUCUUGGAAAGAUGAAAUGGACAAGCGAAAGAUUUUAAAUGUUCUCGCAAUUCGAAUUUCACAAGUGUACGAUACUGGAGCUUGUGUUUACUUCUAUUAUGGUAUUGGACCUACAAAAGAUCGCGAUCAAUUUGAAGUAUUUGAAGAAUUGACUGAUACAUUGAGAGUUGUAAUAUUAAAUCACGGCGGAUGCUUGUCACAUCAUCAUGGAAUUGGAAAGAAAAGUUUGAAAUAUUAUCCAAAAGCUGUCUCAAGCAUAGGAGUUGACGUUUUUAAUUCUAUAAAGAAAGCACUUGAUCCACAGAAUAUAUUUGAUGUUGGGAAUUUUGAGUCUGAUAAGAACAUGACUAAAAUGUGAAAUAAUAUUUUUAUAAAUCCAAACUCAAUAAAUAAAAAUUUAAUUACGCUGUUCUACUUUUCUGGAAAAGGA